UCUGUAUUUUGUAUUAGACAUGUUCACAUAUGAAACGUAAGAGGAAAAAAAAGCUAUGUGGAUCAUGAUGGUGAUAUUCAGUGGGUUUUAAACUCCAUAUAAAGACAAGCAGCCAUACACUGUAAUCCCCUUGGGAAAAUAGAAAUCGUGUCACCAGGCCUGGCUGGUGUUCAAAUGCUGCACGGUCACACCGACGAAUGUGAGUGUGUGAGAAGAGCUCGGUACUGUCGGCGUGGUUCCGGCUGGAUUCGUUUUUCAGGCUGUUUGGGAGCACUUAAACCGGGCGCAGAGCCUACUCUGAAGAAUGUGCAGUUUUCAGGAGGGCGGAGACAAGCCUGCUUUCCAUCCACAGCGAGGGACAGCGGCGUCCGUACGCAGCCGUACUGCGCGCUGCUGCUGCUGCUGCUGUGGAGGCUGCAUAAUUAAGUUUACAACAGGAGACAGCGCGGAUCUCUCUCGCUUCUUCUGGGGCACAAUGGGUGAAUGUUUUUCGGUCUCACAGCACGGCAGGCAUUUCCCCCCGAUCUGCCGAACUAACCGGAGUCGUCCGUGGUAAAGUGAGUGGCACAAGGACUCGAACAAGUGACCCACCUAACAUAGUUCUAAGUGCGGCUGUUUUGGAGAGGCGCAACACUGGAACCGGGAGGAACCGCCUGGAGGUGGAGGGGGUGGCUGCACUGAUCCUAUACCAGUCCUGCACGCGAUGUUAAAGAGCAACUACCGUUGCGGUUUCACCUCGGGGUGGCUACGAGAAGUGGACUGUCCGGUUUGUUUUCCCCAUCUGCUCCCAGCUUGCGUGGAACAAAGUGUGCUCUCUGUCACAUAAGCCGCGCAGUGAGGUAGAUCCAGGAGGACUGGCAGCGUCGGUUUCCAUUUGUCUCUCUCUCUCUUAAAAAAAAAAAGAGUUCAGCUUCUCCAGAAAUCAUGAGGACCACCGAAGAGACGGAGGGCUUUGACGGCGAGGCCUCCAAUACUUCCAUGAUCUCCGGGGCCAGCAGUCCCUACCAGCCCACCACCGAGCCCGUCCAUUCGCGGAACGUUUUUGGGGGGAUAGUGUGCGACAUGGAGUACCUCAAGUCAUACUUGGGGAUUUUAAAGGUGGUUGAAGUGGUCCUUUCACUCAUCGGCUUCAUCUGCAUAGAAACUAUCAUGAUGUGUUCCCCCUGUGGAGGGGUCUACUUCUUUGAGUUUGUCAGCUGCAGUGCUCUUGUGGUGACAGGAGUCCUCCUCCUGAUCUUCUGCCUCAACAUCCACACCAAGGUGCCCCACGUAAACUGGAGCCUCACGGACCUCGUUAACACAGGUACCAGCACCCUGUUUUUCUUCUUGUCAUCUCUCGUGCUUGCUUGCAUCAAUCACAACACUGGAGCUGAAAUAGCAGCAGUGAUUUUUGGCUUCCUGGUGACUGUCGUGUACGGAAUAAACACCUUCCUGGCAGUGCGGAAGUGGCGCCGUGGCGCUGGGUGUCAGGGGGUGGCUCAGGCCAGCGAUUACAUUCGGGCACGCACGGCAUCGCGUGGCGAGGUGGAGCCACGACCUGAGCUUGCAUGAGUGCUGGCAGACAAUCAGGAAGACUAAGAGAAAGCCAUGCUACCAGCAGCUGACUCUAAUGGAAACAGCUCUGCCUUCAGAACAGUAUUUCCACUCCAGUGAGACAGCCACCUUCGGCUCACUGCACGCUUUUGACUUCUCAUCACAACACUUCAGCUGUGAAUGAGGCUCCGUGGCUUUGUUCAGCAGCCGUCCUGGCUGCUCCUGCUGACACAUAAACACUUAAGUAGAAAACCCUGGUCACAUUUGACGGUGUGCUUUGUAAAACCCUUCAUCUACAUGUUUUUCUAAAGCAUUUUGAAGGACAACUUCCCCUGAAAGGCUACAAAAAGAAAGCCUGACUUCUCCCCAGCUGUGCACCUACUCUGGCUCCAGUAUAUGUGUUGACUUUUGAGCACGCUUUGUCUUUCACUGUGAAUGAAGUCCAGUAAAACAAGGUCAGCUUUUGUACAGUCUGCUUAUGUCAUGCCGCUGAAGUCUGUGGUAAUAAAUGUGAUCAUGAAAUGAGGAAACCAGUGGACCAGCAACAAACCCUAACCUGCAGUCCAACCAUGACUUCAUUGUUCUUUCUCACAGCUUUUACCUUCUACCUUUGAGCAAGCCUGACAUUUAAUUUUUUAAUUAUACAUGCGCUCAUGAAAGUCUCCUUGUCCUUGUCUUGGCUAAUCUUACACAUCUUACUUUUACACAUGACUUUUAGCCACUAUAGCCAUACUGCAUUUGCUGUCAGCAUUUAUGGAGUAAGUGCAGAUUACAUGCACUACAUUAGUCCACAACACUUAAAAUGGGGAAAAAAUAACCAGUCCAGUCCAGUUGGUUUGACACAAUAACAGGGACAUAAUUUUUAGCAGAGCUUAAAAAGUUUUACUUAUAGAUGUGUGUUAGGCCUACACUGUGAGCCUGGAGGAGGUUAUAUCAAGCAAUGAUAAGGUAAUCCGUAUCUUAAUUUUGCACACGUCCAACACUUCAGGUAACACAAAUCUUAAAAGUACAUCAGUGAGAUUAAUUUUAAAGCAAACAUCAGUAGAUGGCGUGGUUGAGACCAAUGUCAUUAGCCUAUACACUGCUUCUCAGGUACUGACCCUCCUAUAUUACAAAAAAAAAAUCACAGGGUGCCUCGACCUAAACACUGUGUUUCCUAAUGCCUUUCUAAAUAUUAGACUUGAUGAGUCUGUGGGGUGGAAACAUGGUACAUUUAGCAAAUCUGUGGUUGAUUGAAAUGUUUGUAUAUGUAUCUACAAUGAUAUUAUCCCACAUUUCAUGUAUUAUGAUAUCCCUAUCCUUCAUUACCCUUAUAGCAGCCUCUGCAAAGCCCAUCCAUCCAAUACUGAUUUCUCUUUAAUAUUUUUCAGUUGGUCAGUGCACCUGAAGUAAACAGGAAGUUAAACCUUUGUCUACUUAUUUAGCAUCUGAUCUUCUUUUAAUGUACACUACAGUUAAGACCUGAACCUUAUUCGGGCAAGUUGACUAUGGCCCCCUCUUCUGGUCUUUAUAUGAAAUGUAUCUUUUUGUUGCGUCAGUGGAUCGGGUGUAUAGUCAGAUGAUUUUACAUUAGUGUGUUUAUAAGUGAAGGACCAGAAAUGUAUUUGACUGUGGAUUUUUUUUUUAAAUUAAGACUAAUAAAUGCCCUGAAGAUGCUUGAUUAACCAGGCAUUUCUUAGAUUUUAAAUAACUUAUGUUUUAAUGCUGUUUCUCUUGGUUUGGUGAUUGACAUAGACGUAUGAGAAGACAAUCUUGUUCGUAUUUAUGUGUGUGUAACUUACUUUGAUGGGUUUGUUUUUGAGUAAUACUAUUACCAUGUUCACUUAAGAAUUUGUACAGCAACAAAAUCACGCUAUUGCAUUAUGCUAUUUGGUCAUAUAAACCGACCAUAUUUGUCAAACGCUUAUCAAGCUGCAGCUCUCUCUGUGUACGACUGUGCUGCAAUAUGUUACGAAAUUUGUAUUUAUGAGAAAGAAAAGGCUUUCUGCUGGUUUGCAGGUCGUGACAUAAACGGCAAACAAUGAUCCGAUCCCGAAGAAGUGUGGAGACUUCACACUGGUUUAUAAUGACAUUAUUGAAAUGAAGACAGGUUUUUAUUCAAAUUUUUUAUUGCAAAAAAAAAUCCAAAACCAAACAAAAACUAAACAAGCAGGCAACAUACAUCUACACUGGUUUUACAAAGGUGCCCGUUUAUAAAAUGGUACUGUGUGGGGAUGUUGUUCGAAUGUUUCAAAUAAACUGAAGGUUCUCCUACUUCUUGGAAAGAAUAAAUCAUUUAAAAC